GCACUACCAAAUUAUUGGAAUAUCAAACUUCCACUGAGGUUGCUUAAGAUAAGGAUAGUAUCUAGUUGAUCUCACGUAGAGAUUAUGGAAUGGAAGAAGUGUUAUUUGGAUGUAAUAUUGGUUCCAUUGGCAAUUCUAAUGAGCAUUGGUUACCAUGUUUGGUUGUGGUAUAAUGUUCGAACUCAUCCUCAUACAACUAUCAUUGCUAUCAAUGCUAAUGGUAGAAGGAAUUGGGUUGCUGCUAUGAUGAAGGACAAUGAGAAGAAAAACAUCCUGGCUGUUCAAACACUAAGGAACACACUAAUGGGCUCAACCCUAAUGGCCACAACCUCCAUUCUUCUCUGUUCAGGCUUAGCAGCAAUCAUAAGCAGCACCUACAGUGUCAAAAAGCCACUCAACGACACAGUCUAUGGAGCACAUGGAGAGUUCAUGGAAGCACUUAAAUACGUGACACUUCUAACAAUUUUCCUAUUCUCAUUCUUCUGUCACUCUCUAUCCAUAAGGUUCAUAAACCAAGUGAAUAUCCUAAUCAACACGCCACAGGAUCCAAUGUCUUUGGCGACACCGUCUUAUGUUAGUGAGAUGUUGGAGAAAGGUUUUAUGCUAAACACGGUUGGAAACAGGUUGUUCUAUUCGGCACUUCCUAUGUUGUUGUGGAUUUUUGGACCUGUUUUGGUGUUCCUGUGUUCUCUUACUAUGGUUCCUUUGCUUUAUAACCUUGACUUUGUGGUUACUAAGGGGAAGAUGGAUCCAAAUGAGAAUAGGGAUUUUGUUUGAGGUUAUGAAUGUGUUUUAUUUAACUUUUGAGUAAUAAUUGAAGUUGGUCUUUAUUUCAAUGAUUAGAAACUUUGGUGUAUGUAUGUGAUGUUCUCAGUGUAAGCAUGUAACAGUAUUUUAGAUGAGAAAUUUACUGUGUUCAAUAACUUGGGUUGCACUAUGAUAGUAUUUGAUAUGCUAUCUAUCUAACAUGUAUUAUUAAUAGAGCCACCUAAGUUCUAUGUGUAAGGUAAAUAGGACACUGAUAAAAAAAAUAGCGGAUGAAUUUAUUUUGGAUAAUUUAUAAAUUAAAUGAUAGCA